AUUAAGAAGAUAUUAACAACGGAGACUGCCUCCUCAUCUUUCUGAGCGGCGGCAGAGCGCUCGCAGAAUGCAGAGUUCGGGUAUUGGAGCGAGACGUGCGCCAACAUUGCACAACAAACUCCUGCACUUACGCCAAGUUCGUUCCAAGUUAGAUUAAUCGCGCGUUAAAGACAAUCGCAGGGGCGCGUCUAUGUUAUAUUAUUCGCGUACAUUUUUGUACGACGUGGUUGUGAAUGAGCAAACUAUUUUAGAGGCAGCAACCAAGAUUAUGGGUUCCCCUCGGAUCGAAACCUCGACGAGGGCCCGUCGAGCAUGAUGCAGAACAUGUCUCCCAUGGAGCGCACCGGCAAGCAGGGCCUCGUCAUGGGCGAUGCGGGCAGAUCCUACCCUGAGAAGCUCAUCUUCAGCUACGACAGCUCGCGCGAGAUGGACUACAUCACCCCCAGGAAGAAGAUCUACGAGUACCAGGACAACGACCACGUUGCGCCGGUCGACUCGAAGAAGCAGAUGGGUGACUAUCACGGCCUGCCCAAAGCGAGUCAGGAUUACCACAUGAAGACCGGCCCAGGUUACGGUGGAGGCGGCAUGGGUGGCCGCGACUACGCUCACGGCUUGUCGGGAAAGUCAUCGUCCGACUACCGCGUCCCCGGCAUUGCGGAGCGCGACGAGCACGUGGAUUCGCGGCGCGUUGGCACCGACUACUACAAGGAGCGGGUGCAGCCCAUGGGGGGCGACCCAUACGAAGACAUGGACCCGGGCCCCAUCCGCGGACGACCCAAGAGCCCUGGCGACUUCAACACGCGCAAGCACGUGGCGCCGAUGCACUACGACGCGCCGAGGCCCGUGGGCGGCGACCGCUACGACAAGCCCAAGCCGGCGCGUGUUGAGCCGUACGACGCGCGGCGGCCCCUGGGCGGCGGCCCGCACGACGGCGGCCGCCAGGUCGGUGCAGCAUACGGCAGCAAGCCGCGCAGCCCGAGCCCUCCUGACCCACAACGCUACGUAUCGGUGGUGUCGGGGGGCCACGAUCGCUACAACCAGAGGGAGCUCAGCCCGCGGCAGGCCUACCAGGUCAGGCCCCGUAGCCUCGAGCCGUAUGGCGUGCACGGCACCGUGCAUAACCCGAUUCGGCGGGAGUACACGCCUGACGGGGGCCACGAGGCCAGGCGGCACGCGCUGCGUCAAGAGCCCGGCCAAGAGUCUUUCUACCACAGCCCUGAACUCUACGACGAGCACCGGUCACCACUUCCUCCAGGCCCCGGCAGGGUGGGUGGCGGCGGUAGUGCAGCGCGAAGGCUCGGCCCGCCAAGGGACAGGGACCCCGAAGGGUUCCAGCGACCGAGAGACCGGGACGAGCGGCACAUGGAGGGGUUCCAGCGGCCUGGGCCACGUGUGGAUGACCGGCAGAUGGAGAGGCCGCCCCCCAUGCGGAAGCCCUCAAAUGCCCCCCCGCGAGAUGGAUACGGGUACAGGGGCGAUCGACCGCAUGCGCAACACGGAUAUGAGCCCUCGCGUGGUCCGCCGCCCGAGAGACCGAGGAAAGACCACUCGGACAUGACUACAGAUAUGCUGAGGGGUAUGGUGGACUUAAUCAAGUCUGGGAAGCUGCCCAUCCAGCCUCACCAAGAACCGGAACGGCGCGGUCACAGGGAGCGCAUGGUGGAGCCGAGAAUUGACUCGACGGUGGAGGCUGCGUCGAUCCUACGGGAUGUCGUCCACCUGCUCAAGGUGGAUAAGAUGAGAGGUGGCAUGGACCGCCCAUGUUCCCCUCCAAGCCCCCCACCGCACGGGUUUGGAUCACCCCAAGGUUCUUACGAUCCCCGCUCUGGACCCGGCCCCUCUGGCUAUUUUGGUCGGCACGACGGUCACGGCAACCGGGGACCUCCCCCGGUCCCCCAUGAUGUGCCGAGAAGACACGACAGGGGCGGCCGAAUGAUGGGCCAUGGUCCUCCUGGGUCCCCCCCUGAUAUGCGGGGGGGCCGACGCAUGGAUGCCCCUCAGUCGGGCCAUUUUCCUCCUCGUGGAAGAAGUCCCUUCCGGAACGAGCGCAACAUCCCUGGGCCCGGCGGCAAUACAAUGCGAAUGCCCAUGAAACGAAGGGAAAUGGAUCAUCCGAUGAUGUCGCAGAACAAGCGCAUGCGAAUUCAAGAUUCUGCACAAGGAUACGGUACACGAGAUGAACACGGGAUGGAAGACCGCUACUGGAUCAAGUGCAAGUACGGCUGCUCGCUGUGCAAGUUCUUCACGUACGACGAGAAGAUCAUCAAGGAGCACGUGACGGGCGAAAACCACCGGCGCACGCUGCGUCUCGUGGACACCCUCUUCCCCAACGACAAACACAUCUCACACUUUCUGCAUAAAAAAAUUGAGUACAGGAAUAGCAAGAUAGUCCCGAUGACUCGCAAGAAGUGGGAAGAAGACAACAGCCGGCCAUUCAACGAACUGAUUGAUGGCAUAACGCUGCCCGAAGGCUGGAUACGCACGGAGGUGGUGCGCUGUCUCGCUUGCCGCCGCUUCCUGCUCCGGGACAAGCUGGAGCUGCGGCGCCACAUCGCCUCCAGCGCGCACGCCGCUUGCUACCAGACAUUCACAAACGAUAAGAAGAAGGGCAUUCAGAGCAUGGUUUUCCAGGUCUACGACAGUGCCACCAUGGCCCACCGCUUCCAGCGCUUCAAGCGGGGUGAAGACGUUUUUAACGAGGGUGAAAUGAACGUCAAGGACAACAGCAAGGCGAAAAAAGAGAAUCCAAAAGCGAAGAAGGAUGCCAACAAGAAGUCCGCUCCCGCAGGCGCGGCCGCGGAAACAAAGGUCGUCGCUAAAAAGGGUAAAGCAGAUCUGGAGAAAUCGGCCAAGAAGAACCCCACGGAGCACAAGGAGUCGGCGGAUGGCGUCAAGGUCAAGACGGACGCAGAGGGGAAACGGGAGGGUGAAACGCAGGCAGUCAAGGAAGAAAAGGAGAAGGGUGCAACGUCCGAGACGAAGGGGAGAGAGGAGGGCGCUGCGGCGAAGGAGGAAGAGGAGGAGACCCAAGGGGAUGAAGAUGACUUGGGAGAUGAUUCUGACCUCUUCCAGGAGCUCAUGGAGGAAGACGAGGGCGAGGGAGGGGACGACGAGAAGGCUGCAGCAGAGAGCGCCGAAGUGGCGAAGGGCACCAACGAGACCGGGGAGGAGAAGCAGCCCCCCGAGGGCGGUGCGACUGAGCACAGUGACGAGCUGGGAGAUAAGGAAGACCUGGAUUACGAGGAGGCGGAGGAGGAAGACGUGGAGGCUGAGGCUGAGGAGGAGGAGGAGGAGGAAGAAGAAGUAGAUGAAGAACAUGAGUUUGAAGAGGAUGAGGAAGAUGUUGAAGGGGAAAUGGAGGACGAGGAGGGGGGGGGAGGAGGAGGAAGAUGAAGGUGAAGGCAUGGGUGGGGACAAGGAAGACUGUUUGGAGGGGCUUCUAGAUGAGCAGGGUGACGAGUUUCAGGAAACGGACACCACGACUGCCACAACCGCCACGACCGCCGCCAAGACCACCGCCCCGACCACUACGAAGAAGGAGAAGUAAUAGUCCGUCUUGAGAAACAAGCGCCUGUUACUCGGUGCAAGCCUUGUAAAAGCUGCAUUAUCGCCCCAAAAGAGCCCUGCUUUUAACCCGAGAUGGAGAGGCGCCGUGUUUAUUGGGCCAAGUCUUUCUUCGUAUCUCCGAGCGUCGCGUACGAAGAGAGUGGUGCCACAGGGGUCAUCGUUACUCUCAGCCGUACGAGCGGCGUGCACGUGACACGAAGUCUAGUCCUAGAUGGGGAUUUGGUUUUAGAAUUGUUCGGCGUCCAACGCGACAUUUAUAGGAAACCCGUGAAUUCACAAUUCGAGGCAUGCAUUUCCUCAGAAAAUGUGAAUGUUUUCCAAUCCCUCCUUUAAAAUAUGCUCGUCCUAUUGAGAAACAAAGUUAUAGUUUUUAUUGCAGGUUGGUAUUGGGUUAUGCUAACGUGUCGAGGUUAUGGAUACACCGUUUGAAUCCUGAACUACAGCUGUAUUGGUAAUUGCCGAGGCUUGCAAGACAUCCUCGUUGAAAUAACAUUCAUACAAGAGGCUUAGACUAUUAGUUUAUUAUUAAUCAUUAAACUUUAAUAGGAUUAAAAGCACAAUCCUUUGCAAUGCCCCGUGGUGCUUGAAUGCCAAUAUCGUGUUUGGUUGCCGUUGGACCCAAGUUUUAUGUUUAACAAAUCUUUUGAUUUGCAGCUGCUUGGUCUAAAACCCCCAAUAUUGCCUCCCAGCUGUAAUAGGACAGGGGUGAUACGUGAGAGCAAUAUGAAAAGUGUUUUUUCAACAGCCGUGUAAAUGUCGCGUUGCAUGCUGAUGGUACCACAGCACCUGCGACCGUAAGGUCACUAAGCAAUGCAGAAGUUCUGGGACAAAAUCGAAAUAAACUCUUGAGUGUCUUGGCCCUCCCAACGUUAGCAGUGAACCCCCAAUGAAAGUCCACCUGUGUGCUGGUUACGUGAACACACUUUGCCCGUUUGUAUGGCAUUGAUAACACAUUUUUGUUGGUUAUUGGAACUGGUGUAGUGCGUUAAUGUACACUGGGUUGACUGAAUUCGAUUAAUUUGAAUGUAAAUGGCAAGUGAUGUUGAGUUGGGAUGAAUCUCAUUAUGCACAGCCUUUGUCCUUGGCAUGCAGGUGGUGGGGGUGCGUGUUCGUUUUCCAAGAAGUCUGAUUGUUGCGAGCAACGCCUGAACUCUGCCCCGUUGUGAGCCGCCACUGCACAGCCUUCAACAGCGCUCGUGAUGUAAAGUAAACGCACGGGCCGGUCUUGGUUACGCUUGCUUCGCGCGUGUACAACAGCUGUUGGAUUUGGUUUGGAUUGAUUGCUUAUCUUCCUCGGUUGAUUUAAUUUUACUUGCAAACGUAAUUGGCUGAAAAGUUUGCCCCCAGUUGCGUGUUUGAAAUGUUUAUUCCCACGUGGAGUUAUGCCACCCAUGUCGGCCCUGCGCCAUUUGAAGUGGGAUUUGCAUGCAUUGUGCAUUCGUUGUCACUCGAGCAGAGCAUCAGGUCGUGGACAUAACACGACGCUUCCACAAGGAUUAGAAAUUAGGCUCAGGCCACGUUGGACUUUACCCUCCUGUCUUGUCCCAUUGUGUCUGUGGUCUUGGCCCCUUUUAGUGUUUCUCCAAUUCUUCCCUGUCCUCCCCCUUUUCUGAUCAUCGGGGAAUUAUGGUAUUGUACUUUAACAAGGUGUAACAUGCUUGAUUUAGCUGAUCUUGACCCAUCUCCUGCCACGUCUCCCCUCUUGUCAUUUUCCAUCCCUAUCUUCUCUGUCCCCUCUGUGCCCUAUCUCGUUCCGUUCCCGGUCCUUUCUCCUAACAACUCCCCCUCCACUGGAAUAAACUCCCCUUGUUACAUUAAGCAUUCCCCCCCCCUCCUUAACAUUCCACACUUUGACAAGCGCCUCGAGUGAAGGUGCUCCGUAAAUAUAAAUUGCGAUCCUAAUUCAUAUUCUGCUUUUAAGACAAAAUAUAAGGCUCUGAAGGUCCUUGACCUCAACCUAUUAUGAGCUCAAAUUCCAGUCCAUUUGCUUGUUAAAGUUAAAACAUUGGCUGUGCAUGGGGGGGGGGAGGUGGUUGGCUUGGCUGGCUUAUUAGCAAUCUGGCCAAACCUUUAAAGUUGUGGGGGAAAAAAGUAUAAAGGUAAAGAUUCAGCCCCGCAAUUGCUCGCUAACGCGACUGCUGGUGGAAGGGCCUCCACUGGAGGGCGCUCUAAAGAGCUGUGGGUAUUUUUGAGUUGGUGGGAGCACUCACGUUGGCCCACACGACUUAUCGAUCGACUGGUGAACCCAUGAACAGUUGGGUGGACGGAGUUGAGGGGGGUGGGAUUUAUGAAGCUUUUCAUUUGCCAUGCCAGGAGAUCAGAACGGCAUCCUCUGGAAUGCAAGUCCAGUGUGUUCACCAUUAACGUGGAGCCGGCAUUUAAGUAAUGGUCCUCUGCCUCACCGUGGGGAUUUAUCCUGCAGAACGGCAGCACAUGGGCAGUGCCGAUUCAUAUUUUUUUCUAUGUCGAUGUUUCGUGUGUACUGUGUAUGUGCCGUGCAAAAGGAAACAAGGGUGUCCUUGCGUCACAUGUCGGGUGUUAAUCGGAGCAUGAUUGCCUAUUGUUUAAAAUAAAAUGAUUCGGGUACAAAACAUCGAAA